GUCCGACGCAGAAAGUGUGAUGCACCAUAAGCAUCACGAUCCGGGGAGCGAACUGUUGCCCUAACGUCAAUAUUUGAGGAGAUCAUAUGUAUGACGGGAUGCCGCCACUACCGACAUGUCAGCUAGUGCAACCAUGCCUCCAUACGAAACUCCGAACACGUCAAGCGAGCAUGGCGCUCACGAACAGCAGGCGGCUUUCAACCAGGCUCAGGGAUAGCGGUAGAAGACCUGCACAAUCUCAAUCUCCCUUGGACUCCGACAAUGGUAGUACUUACGUCUUGGUCCUCAUGAUCGGGUGUAGACCAAAGCUACCUGAAACUCCGUCUCAUGUCAUGCGAGGAACAAGGCCUGCAGUUGUCAAUUCGGAUACCUUGGGACUCCAUCGCGGAGGCAGGGACGAUCUAAAAUUGAUAAUUCGCCAGAGGACGACGAGUCGGAAGAGCAAUCCUGUAAUCGGGGAGUUACUCUUUCUCAACUUCCUCGGUCCCAAUUUCCCCACAACGAAUCGGCAUGAGUCGGCCGGGCGCAAUCGCAUCUUCGAACAAAGUAGCUGAACUCGUCCCUUGUUGUGGCACCGGAUUGAGAAGAUGACGUUACCCCACCCAUUCAGCCAUGUACAGGUACCACCUUCGGCGUCUCACCAUAGUCGGACGCGCGGCCUUCUGUCGGACUAUGAUCAUGGUAAUCCACCUGUGCACUCCUCGGCCGCAAACUGCAAUAGUAUAGUUAUGUCUAUCGGCU